UGGUUCAGAUAUGUCAUUACCGAGCAUGUCUGCCUCCAUGGUGGCUAGGGCGACCGUCCGAGCAGUCAGUAAAAGAAAGAUAUUAGCCACUAGAGCGGCUUUAACGCUGACUCCAUCUGCUGUGAAUAGGAUCAGGAACUUACUCGAGGAUAAACCAGAAUAUAUUGGUCUGAAGGUGGGUGUGAGGACUCGGGGCUGUAACGGUAUGACCUACACUCUGGACUUCACCAAGCAGAAGGAUCAGGCUGACGAGGAGGUGCUGCAGGACGGUGUGCGUGUAUUUAUAGAGAAGAAGGCCCAGCUCACUCUGCUGGGGACCGAGAUGGACUUCGUGGAGUCCAAGCUAUCCAGUGAGUUUGUCUUCAACAACCCCAACAUCAAGGGCACCUGCGGCUGUGGAGAGAGCUUCAACAUGUGAGAGGGCUUCAACAUGUGAGAGGGCUUCCUGCUGAGGCCUGGGCUCCCGACACAGCCAAACGUCAUCCUCGCACCCAUACUCGCCACCCACAAACACCCACUCACACACCUCCCAACCCUCUCUCACUCUCACACACCUCCCAACCCUCUCUCACUCACACACACACCUCCCAACCCUCUCUCACUCACACACACACCUCCCAACCCUCUCUCACUCACACACACACCUCCCAACCCUCUCUCACUCACACACACACCUCCCAACCCUCUCUCACUCACACACACACCUCCCAACCCUCUCUCACUCACACACACACCUCCCAACCCUCUCUCACUCACACACACACCUCCCAACCCUCUCUCACUCACACACACACCUCCCAACCCUCUCUCACUCACACACACACCUUACCUGGAGGCCUGUGAGUGAAGUGAAUAAAGGCCUGAUAAACACAAUGUGAGAGGAGGAGGAGUGAGACGGACAUGGAUGUUUCUGUGCUGCUACAGAACAGGAUGAGUUGUCUUCCUGUUGCUGUGGGUCUUGUGAUGGUGUACUGUAGGGCUAAUAUAAUCUAUCAAAACACUGGGCUGUGACAUGCCGAGCCCCCUAAAACUACAUCUACCGUGAAUCUAAACACUGGGCUGUGACAUGCCGAGCCCCCUAAAACUACAUCUACCGUGAAUCUAAACACUGGGCUGUGACAGGCCGAGCCCCUUGAAACCUUGUUACAUAGACAUGCAUGUGGUUCUGGUAGUAACCAUAGACACAGUACCUGAGAGACUUGGAGAGCUGCCAAAGUAAAGGAAACACCAACAUAUAGCGUCUCAAUAGGGCGUUGGGCCUCCACCAAUCAGAACAGCUUCAGUCCAUCUUGGCAUGAAUUCUACCAGUGUCUGGAACUCUAUUGGAGGGAUGAGACGCCAUUCUUCCACGAGAAAUUCCACCAUUUUGUGUGUUUUUUUGUUGAUGGUGGUGAAAAACGCAGUCUCAGGUGUUGCUCCUGAAUCUCCCGGUAGUGUUCAAUUGGGUUGAGAUCUGGUGACUGAGACGGCCACGACAUAUGGUUCACAUCGUUUUCAUGCUCAUCAAACCAUUCAGUGACCACUGCCAUCCACAGGGCAUGAAACUAAUGGGCCACCCACAAUUUGUAUACGUGACCCUAAGCAUGAUGGGAUGUUAAUUACUGAAUUUAACUCAGGAACCACGCCUGUGUGGAAGCACCUGCUUUCAAUAUACUUUGUUUCCCUAAUUUACUCCAGUGUUCCCAUUAUUUCAGUAGUUACCUGUAGGUUGAAUACAGUCACAUAAAGACAAGGACUUGUUGGGCGUGUUUGAUGGUUAAUGCUGAAGUCGGGGAAGCAGCAUGACAUUGUUUCCUGAGAGAAAUGGAGGUCUGUGACCGCCUCAAUAGUGCUACCCGUGCUAUCUCAAUUUUAAAGUAGUCCAUUUUAUUAAUUGGCUGGGGCCUCCCAAGUGGCGCAACGGUGCCAAGAGUGUGCAAAGCUGUCAUCAAGGCAAAGGGUGGCUAUUUUGAAGAAUCUCAAAUAUUAAAAUAUAUUCUGAUUUGUUUGGGGGGUUACUACAUGAUUCUAUAUGUGUUAUUUCAUAGUUUUGAUGUCUUCACUAUCAUUCUACAAUGUAGAAAAUUGUAACAAAAUAAAGAAAAACCCUUGAAUGAGUAGGUGUUCUAAAACCCUGGAAUGAGUAGGUGUUCUAAAACCCUGGAAUGAGUAGGUGUUCUAAAACCCUGGAAUGAGUAGGUGUUCUAAAACUUUUGACCAGUGGUGUGUGUAUAUAUGUGUAAAGAAUGAACUGAGUGUACAAAACAUUAGGAACACCUUCCUAAUAUUGAGCUGCACUUCCUUUUGCCCUCAGAACAGACUCAAUUCAUCUGGACAUGGACUCCACAAGGUGUCCAAAGCGUUCCACAGGGAUGCUGGCCCAUGUUGACUCUACAAGGUGUCCAAAGCGUUCCACAGGGAUGCUGGCCCAUGUUGACUCUACAAGGUGUCCAAAGCGUUCCACAGGGAUGCUGGCCCAUGUUGACUCUACAAGGUGUCCAAAGCGUUCCACAGGGAUGCUGGCCCAUGUUGACUCUACAAGGUGUCCAAAGUGUUCCACAGGGAUGCUGGCCCAUGUUGACUCCAAUGAUUCCCACAGUUAUGUCAAGUUGGCUGGAUGUCCUUUGGGUGGUGGACCAUUCUUGAUACACACAGGAAACUGUUGAGUGUGAAAAACACAGCAGCGUUGCAGUUCUUGACACAAACCGGUGCACCUUCUACCAUACCCUAUUCAAAGGCGCUUAAAUAUUUUGUGUUGCCCAUUCAACCUCCUGAAUGCUUAAAAAUCAUUCUUUAACCCCGUCUUCUCCCCUUCAUCUACACUGAUUGAAGUGGAUUUAGUGACAUCAAUAAGGGAUCAUAUCUUUCACCUGGAUUCACCUGGUCAGUCUAUCAUGGAGAGAGCAGGUGUCCUUAAUGUUUUGUACACUCAGUGUGUAGCUAUAUAGGCUGUGUGCUGUGAAUACUACAGAUAUGUAACUAGUGUACAGUUGGUGACUCGUCGACGAGAAUAAAUAUAUUUUAAAUCUGUG